AUGAGCGAUUCCAACCUCCCACCACCGGAAAACACAAUUCCGACUCUCAACUUCGACGGCCUCGAAGUUUUCUCAGCGCUAGGUCGUGGCUCUAAAGGAGUUGUAUUCUUAGUGAGAUCCGAUGACGUUUCCAGCAAAUGGCUUGCUUUAAAAGUCAUACUCAAGGAAUCAUCAAUCGAGAAGAACAAGAACAAGCGCGUGAGUUUUGAACAAGGAGUCUUGUCUCGAUUUGACCAUCCUCUGUUUCCUCGUCUCCAUGGAGUUUUAUCGACUGAUAAAGUUGUCGGUUACGCGAUCGAUUACUGUCCUGGUCGAGAUCUCAGUUCUUUGAGGAAGAAACAAUCGGAAGGAAUGUUCUCCGACGAGAUCAUAAGAUUUUAUGCAGCGGAGCUAAUAAUCGCACUUGAGUAUCUGCAUAAUCAAGGAAUCGUGUACAGAGAUUUGAAACCAGACAAUGUGAUGAUUCAAGAGAAUGGUCAUUUAAUGCUUGUGGACUUCGAUCUCUCCACGAAUCUUUCUCCGAGAACACCGCGAUCUUCACCGGCGGCGACGAGUAGACACUCGACGGGGAUGAAAAAGGAACGGUUUUUCCCGUUUUCCGUUUUAUGUAACUCGGGGAUCUCACCGGACGAGUCGGUUUCGACAUUGGCCGAGUCGGACUCGUCCGGAGAGAAGUUGAAUUCGUUCGUCGGAACUGAGGAGUACGUUGCGCCGGAGGUGAUAAUCGGAAGUGGCCAUGACUUCGCCGUCGAUUGGUGGUCGCUGGGAGUGGUUUUGUACGAGAUGUUGUACGGAAGGACGCCGUUUAGGGGAUCGAACCGGAAAGAGACGUUUUUGAAGAUUUUAACUGAACCGCCGUGUUUGGUCGGUGAAACGACGCCGUUAAGAGACUUGCUGAAAAAGCUGUUGGAGAAGGAUCCUAGCCGUAGGAUUAAUGUGGAUGGAAUCAAGGGACACUGUUUCUUUAGUGGCUUGGAGUGGGAUCUGGUGGUGAAAGUCUCUCGACCACCGUAUAUCCCAGCGCCGGAGAACUAUGAAAGUUCAAAGAUCGACGUAGAGAAAUUUGUCCAUGAAAUAUUUGAUAAACUCGAUCAUAAUGGUGAUAAUAACCACGGUAAAUUGAAAGGUAAAGAUCAGAUUAAUAACAACACUUCAGUAGAUAAUGAAAGUUUUUUUGUAUUUUAA